UACCAUCACUCAGACUCAGUCCAAGAGGAGGUGGACGACGAUUAUUGCUCCGCCAAGCUCCACAAUUUUAUGCUUUUCGGCGCCAAUGGCGAAGCCACUGCAAAUUGAGGUCUACAAUCCUAAUGGCAAAUACAGAGUCAUUAGCACCAAGUCUAUGCCUGGAACGCGAUGGAUUAAUCUAUUGGUUGAGCAGGAUUGUCGCGUGGAAGUGUGCACGGCGAAGAAGACAAUAUUAUCUGUCGAGGAUAUCAUUUCUUUGAUCGGUCAAAAGUGUGAUGGAGUCAUUGGACAGCUGACUGAAGACUGGGGGGACACUUUGUUUUCUGCAUUGAGCAAAGCAGGAGGUAAGGCAUUCAGCAAUAUGGCUGUUGGCUACAACAAUGUCGAUGUCAAUGCUGCCACUAAACAUGGCGUUGCUGUUGGAAAUACACCUGGAGUACUGACGGAGACUACAGCCGAAUUAGCAGCUUCACUCUCUUUAGCUGCAGCAAGACGAAUUGUUGAAGCUGAUGAGUUCAUGAGGGCCGGCUUAUACGAUGGAUGGCUGCCUCAUCUGUUUGUAGGCAACUUGCUCAAAGGACAGACUGUAGGCGUUAUUGGAGCAGGUCGUAUUGGUUCCGCGUAUGCUAGAAUGAUGGUUGAAGGGUUCAAAAUGAACUUAAUCUACUACGAUCUCUACCAAUCCACACGUCUUGAGAAGUUUAUCACAGCUUAUGGUGAGUUCCUGAAAUCCAACGGUGAACAGCCUGUCACAUGGAAAAGGGCGUCGUCCAUGGAUGAAGUGCUUCUAGAAGCUGAUGUGAUAAGUCUUCAUCCAGUGUUGGAUAAAACUACUUACCAUCUUGUGAACAAAGAACGGCUUUCGAAGAUGAAGAAGGAAGCCAUCCUUAUCAACUGCAGCAGGGGCCCUGUUAUCGACGAGGCAGCUCUUGUCGAGCAUUUGAAAGCAAAUCCUAUGUUCCGAGUUGGCCUUGAUGUAUUUGAGGACGAGCCAAAUAUGAAGCCUGGGCUUGCAGAAAUGAAGAAUGCCAUAGUGGUUCCACACAUAGCCUCUGCUUCAAAGUGGACACGUGAAGGAAUGGCGACACUGGCUGCGCUGAAUGUCCUGGGGAAAAUAAAAGGAUAUCCAGUUUGGGCAGAACCGAACAAUGUGGAGCCAUUCCUGAACGAGAACGCCCCGCCACCUGCUGCAUCGCCGAGUAUCGUCAAUUCGAAAGCUUUAGGCUUGCCUAUGUCAAAUCUGUGAGCCGAAUCCCUCGAAGAAGAAAGUAUGCAGUGUGUGUUAAGUGUAGCACAGAGUGAAGUUUUUCUUGGUAACUACACUUAACCUUACCUUGCACUGUUGUGUAUAGUUUCUUUGUUUCUUCAGUUGAGGAACAUACAAGGGACCUUAUACACCUUGUUGAAUGCUAAUAAUAAUAAUAAUAAUAAUAAGAAGAAGAAGAAGAAGAUUAUUGAUAUUA